GAGUCUAGAGAAGUGGGUGACCAUGUUCUCCUCAGACAGGAACUGCUUGCGCAGGGGCUCCCUGGGGAGAGACGGGGAGGCAGGCAGCCUGGGAUAUUCAGAAGAGAGGUAGUCUGAUGGGGACCUGAGGUGACAAAGGGCUUGUUGGGAGUCCCUCCCUGCCCCCAAACUCACUGCUCCUCCUCCAGGCGACGCUUGGUGCUCAUGGGCACAGCUCCUCGGAGAGGGGAGCUGGGAAGAAAAGAGAGCCAGGAGCACUCCACCCUCUUGGACCCAUCCCCAGGAUCUGCCCAACUAAGCCUGCAGCGUCAGCCAGGAGCCCCCAGCCCAACCCUGUCUCAGCUGACGCCUAAGUCACCCCCUCUCCCAGACCAUCCAGAAGCCUGCCUCGGAGUCUGUCCCGAGUCUGCAACCCUGUCUUAGCUCAUGCCCAAGCCCUGCCGAUAAACCCCACCGCGUAUCAUCCUGCAGACCAGCCCUGAGGGCCCAGCCAAAGCUCCUGGGCCGCCGGGCCAGGCCCACCCAGGGCCCCCACACACACCUCGCGUCCAGGCCUCGGGACGCCCCUGAGUCGGCCCGCGGGUCGCGCUGGGCCCGACCCUGGGGGCGUCGCUCCAGGGGUUGCUGCAAGAUCAUUGGGGUUCGGGGUCUUGCGAGCGGAGGGGUGGGAUCCAGGCGACAGAGGCGGAGCCUCCGAGGGCGUGGCUCAACGCGUGGGGCGUGGCUUUAGGCGCGCGCGCGGGGCCAGGUUCCGCGCAGGCGCGGAAGACGGACGGCACGCGACUGGAAGGCGGGUCGGUUCAGCGUGGUAGGGGAGGGGAGGAGAGGUAGAGGAGGGGACCUGGGGUAGUGGCGUAGUGGCGUUGAGGAGGGCGCCACUUAGUGUUGGGACCUUCUCGGCGGUCACCUUCGCUCCUGGGACUCGGGUUACGCGGCGGCCGCCUUCACGCCGGCCCCGCCAGCGGUGUUCGGUAGGUGACGCGCCGCGAAAGGGAGGCGCUCGCCGGCACUUCCGGUCUCGUGAGGCUUCGUCGCGCGCGGAGCACUCUGGGACUUCUAUUUCUCGAUAUGGAGCGAGCCAUGCCGCAAGCGGUGCCUCUGGGUCAGAUGGAAGUAUUUCAGGCCCUGCAGCGGCUGCACAUGAUCAUUUUUUCCCAGAAUGUCUCACCCUGUGGGAAGUUCCUGGCAGCUGGCAACAAUUAUGGGCAGAUAGCCAUCUUUAGCUUGUCUGCUGCUUUGAGCUCUGAGGCCAAAGAGGAAAGUAAGAAGCCUAUGGUGACCUUCCAAGCCCACGAUGGACCCGUCUACAGCAUGGUCUCCACUGAUCGACAUCUGCUCAGUGCUGGGGAUGGGGAGGUGAAGGCCUGGCUUUGGGCAGAGAUCCUUAAGAAGGGCUGUAAGGAGCUGUGGCGUCGUCAGCCCCCAUACAGGACCAGUCUGGAAGUACCUGAGAUCAAUGCUUUGCUUCUCGUCCCCAAGGAGAAUUCCCUCAUCCUGGCGGGGGGAGACUGUCAGCUGCAUACGAUGGACCUUGAGACGGGGACCUUCACACGGGCCCUCUGGGGCCACACGGACUACAUCCACUGCCUGGCACUGCGGGAGCGGAGCCCCGAGGUGCUGUCAGGUGGCGAGGAUGGGGCCGUGCGGCUUUGGGACCUCCGCACGGCCAAGGAGGUCCAGACAAUUGAGGUCUACAAGCAUGAGGAGUGCUCGAGGCCCCACAAUGGGCGCUGGAUUGGAUGUUUGGCAACUGACUCCGACUGGAUGGUCUGUGGAGGUGGCCCAGCACUAACCCUCUGGCACCUUCGAUCCUCCACACCCACCACCGUCUUCCCCAUGCGGGCACCACAGAAGCACGUUACCUUCUACCAGGACUUGAUUCUAUCAGCUGGACAGGGUCGCUGUGUCAAUCAGUGGCAGCUGAGCGGGGAGCUCAAGGCCCAGGUGCCUGGCUCCUCCCCAGGGCUGCUAAGCCUCAGCCUCAACCAGCAACCAGCAGCCCCUGAGUGCAAGGUCCUGACAGCCGCAGGCAACAGCUGCAGGGUGGAUGUCUUCACCAAUCUGGGCUACCGAGCUUUCUCCCUGUCCUUCUGACCUCCAGCAACACCCGCACCUCCAUCUCAGGGGUUUGGAGUGGUUUGUUUUUUUCUUUUUAUUAUACUAAUAAAAUUUUGGGCUUUUUUUUAA